AUGACUACUUGGGUAGACCUUGCAAGAUUGUUCUUGGACAAGUAUUUUCCCGAGAUGAAAGCUUCCGCCCUACGGAGGGAAAUCAUUGGAAUCAAGCAGCACAAGAGAGAAGCUUUUCACACAUAUUGGGAUCGAUUCAAGAAACUUUGUGCUCGAUGCCCAAAGCAUGGAAUUACCGAACACCAGCUCCUCCAAUAUUUCAUUGAAGGAAUGACUCCAACGGAAAGAAGGCUUCUUAAUGCCUCCAGUGGCGGAUCUUUACCCGACGAGACUCCUACUGAAAUCCGCAAUCUAAUCAAGAACAUGGCUGAAGAUUCCAAACAUUCAAGCCAUGAUGAAGAAUGGUACACGGAUGCACCCCGGGGCGUAAAAGAAGUUCAAACUCCUCAGAUUGAAGCUCAAUUGUCCGAGCUCACAAAAGUAGUCAUGAUGCUAGCCAAAGACAAAGGUGUGCAGCCCACACCCCGCCCAUGCAGUAUUUGUACUCAAGUGGGGCAUCCAACUAACAUGUGUCCACAACUUCAAGAGGAAGAUUAUGAAGAAGCGAAAGUCAUGGGAGGCUAUUCAGGGGUAAAUCAGAGAGGUUAUGAGCAACCAAGAGGUGAUCAGCGAUGGAACAAUAAUCAAGGGUGGGGAGGCAAUCAACAAGGGAAUUAUCAGCAAAAUCAAUCACAUCAAUAUCAACCAAGACCACCAUUUCCUCAAAAUCAACAACAACCACCAUUCCAACCUCAAAAUUACCAACCAAGGCAUCCACAACAACCCCCUCCACAAGCAAGUUCUUCAGGUAUGUCCUUAGAGGACAUAGUAAAAAGCCUUGCUACAAGUACUCAAAGCUUUCAACAAGAUACCAAGGCAAGCAUAAAAAGCUUGGAGCAACAAGUAUCACAACUUGCUCAAUCCGUGAGUUAG